ACACAGACACAGCGGAGGACGGUGUUUUAAAGUUUUAGCAAUGUAGAAAUGGCAGCAACGCUAAACCUGUCGGAGCAGCCGGAUUCGGAAACAUCGUCUUUAAACGACCAAACAGUGUCGAGCCGAAGUAACAACAGGAGUGUGAGAGUCGCAGAAAAUGAGAGAAGGAAAAUCGAGGCGGAGGACCCAUUUGUUCUGGCCCUGAAAUACUUCACUGACGUUGAGGCAGGUACUCCUGUGACUGGAAACGAUGAGGUGGAGAAACACCUGUUGCUGGUGGAGAAGGUGGCUUACAACAGAGGACUCUCCCCUGAGGCCAUCUCUAAUAUGCUGGAGUUUGCUAUCAGCCUCCGCAUGGGGACAACUCUGUGUGCACGGGUGCUCAAAUGUCUAAUCCCUGCCACUGCGGUGCCACAGGAGGCCGUUGUUCGAGCCGUGGGUUGGCUGGGUGUUGUAAAAAUACCGAUCACCACACAGGUUCUUUUCAUAAAGUGGGUGUUGACCGUAUUUGACAUGAUUGAUGCAAAGGACCAACUUCGAGCGAUCUACGGCUUCAUCUUCAGCUUUCUCACAGACGAGAAUCUGUGUCCUUACAUCUGUCAUCUGUUGUACCUUUUGACCAGAAAGGAAAGUGUACGAGUCUUCAGAGUCAGGAAGCUACUGGAGCUUCAGUCUAAACUGGGAAGGCAGCCAUUCCUCCUGCACCUUCUGUCCCUUUAUAAAGUGUUUUGCCCUGAACUGGUGACACUCUCCAUUCCAUCACGGAUGAGGAGUGGGUUUAGGAAUCACAACUCCCCAUGGAAGUCAGUUCUUAUUGGUGUCCAGAAGAGGAAUGGGUCCCAGGUGGCCUCCAGCAUCUCUCCAUCAGCCUUCAUGGUUAGAGAUAAAACUAACUCCAGAAAACGGAAAUACUGCCACCUGGAGAUGCCGGCAUUGAACUGUGUAGUCAAUAAACAGGCUCAGACUGGGACGUCUUCCAGUAGAAAACUGGUCCCCGUGGUGCAGCUCAACUCUUUUGCCCAGCUUCUGGAAAAUAUGCACCAUAUAGAGCUGCCUGCUCAGAUGGGCUCAUUGCUGGGCUCCAGUCUUGCUCUGCAGUACCUGGACUUUGUUCAGGAUGAGUCCGCCCUCCUACGCCUCAACUUCUGGCUCGGUUAUGCUCUCCACGAAGAGCUUUUGUUCUGCAGUGAUGGAGGCGCCUCUCAGAAUUCAGAAGAGGCUCUGCAGUUUCUGAACAAGUUGCUGUCUACACAGCACUUUCUCCAGGAGGGGUUCUCGAGUUCAGAGGCUUUUCUCUACAAGUUUCUCAACGUUUGGGACGGCUCGCUCUUUCGCCCUGAGAUCCUCGGCCUGCUGAGCAACAUCCCCGUCAUCCCCAGCUCUCAAAUAGGAUGUCUUCUCUUUGAGCCCCUCAUGCAGCUCUUCUUCACAUCCUCGCUGUUUUUCAAGUGUGGACUUAUGGAGUGUCUGAACAAUAUGCUGUUAAAGUGGCUGACCUGGCACUCUGUGUACGCUCUGGAGGAUGACCUGGACAUUAGCCUCAACAGCCACACCUCCAUAAACAUGACUCUGUCGGGAUUCAAGGAUUCAGUAAUGGAGCUGGUCCUCUUCGUGGGUCGGAUGGCCUCUGUGGGCCUUCAGCUUGAAGGCUGCCACUCUCUCCUACUCAGCUUCAUUCUGGACUUCUACGAGACGGUGUGCGACACGUUUCUGAAGUAUGGCCUCCCCCUUGUGCUAAUGCCUCCACCUGGUGUUUUUUACCCUGCCUUGUUUGCCACUGACCCUGUUAAUGUGGACAGACUGGCCUACAUCAUGUAUAGGUACAAGGUGAACUUGACGUCAGCCAAGAGUCAAGAAAAAAUCACACAGCAGGCCUUUCAUAUCAGCCGUCAGACGUUCCAGGAGUUCAACAACUAUGUAGUUGUGAUGGCAAACUGUCUGUUGAACCACAAAAUGUUCCACCCGGGGAUGGGUGUACAGCUGGGAGAGGAGCUGCUGCUGAAGAGCAAUGUGCCGCAAUACUGGGCGAGCUACGACCUCAUCCGCCACCCCGCCUUCAUGAGCUACGCCGUCGACUUUCACCAGAAGUGUUGGCCAGGGAGAAAGGACUUGGACCUCAAUUCCAUAAAGCAACCCAAGCCGUGGAGCUGGUACCUGGAGUAUCUGUUCACCCAGGGCUAUGACGGCCUCAAACAGUUUUGUCAGGGCAACAUCAGCCGGCAGCAGACGGCGGGCGAUGGGCAGGGCGACAGUGUGUCCUCAAAGCAGAGGUAGUGGCUUUACUCAGUGGAGGGGAAAAAACAACCACUUGCUUCCUGCCAAUUUUUAAAAAGACUUGUACAUAUUUCAUGUUCUUCUCUCUUCAGAGCGAGCAACAUGCAAGCGAUCUGAGUAUGUUUUAGUGUACAAAGAUUUACAUGUGUUUAUUAUGUUUUCUCUCUUGUACUAUUGUAUUUUCCUGAAUAAUAGACCCAGAUGCCCUGGCUGCCAUUUGCCAAAAGCAUUGUCAGUAGUCAACUAAACAAACAUUUAACAAGAACGAUUGUAUGUUAAUUGCCAAAAAAACAAAACAAACGGGGAUCAUUGUAAUCCACAUCAACCUCUUGCGUCAAUGAGGAAUAUUUACAUUUAAAAAAAAACCUGUAACUUAUUUUUGUAGUGUUUUUUGGUUGUUGUUAUUUUCCAUGUCUGGAGCUUAAUGUGUAUCUUUUCUUGUACAGCUUUAUAUCUGUAAACCCCAAUGUUUGCACACUGUUGGAAAUAAACAAGUGUGCGAUUUUUUACUUAAGAAGCAAAUAAAGUCCAUGUCUUGUGUCUAAA